GAGCUGGAUGGUUUGGUCGUGGAGUUUUCACCGUCCUUCUGAACGACAUCAUCAUUACAAACUUCGGGCACAAGACUCUGAGCUUAUUUGAGGUAACCUCACUUCAAUUUAUGUAUCCACCGAGCGGAUAGCAUCUGAUGUGUCUCGAUUACACUUGCUAAUACUCCUUUUAGCAGCAUUGACCAUUACAGUGGCUUCGGAUAGCAAGCUGUUUGCGUCCGAGCAGCAUUGCUGACAAAACCACAUGCAACCAUUUUUGCUAAACCGUUUGAGAGCUGCAGGCGUUAGAUUCGUGAAAACUUCGUGGUACUGUCCUCUGCACUCAUCUCACUACAUGCCAUUUUCCACAGAGUAUUGACAGCCUGGCGUUAGUAAUUGCUUUUUUCCACUGUCCAGUCAGGUAGAGGUUUUCAAAAGAAACUAGACACAAGCAAUAUCCAGAGACAUGAGAAACUGGUGACCGGAAAAAUGUGAAAAACUAAACUGUUAGACCCAAAAGUGCAGACAAAUACAAAAAGAACUAACGUACUCAAAAAUGCCGAUGAUAAAUUACUCCCAAAAUAACAACAUUCUUGUUAAUUGUUUGCUACAACGGUCAAAAGAACAGUGGUAUUUUUCCUCGCUGAGAUAAUCUUGUUGUUUUGAUCGUUAAAUACGCAGCAAAUCUACUGUCUCUACUUUAAUUGAAUUUAUUUCAUUUAAAGUAACCAAAAAGAGUGUUGUUUGUUUUUGGAAGUAAUUUAUCAUCGGCAUUUUUGAGUACGUCAUUUCUUCUUGGUUUGGUCUACCACAGUCCAAACCGAGGUAAAUAAGGUUUUGCUAGACCGUUUCAAGACUUGGUCAUUAAGUGAUCGAUUUUUAGUCGUAGGAGGCUUUAAUGCACCCACGGUAGACUGGAAAAAUCUGAGGACAGAAUUAUUAUAAAAUUCUUUCGAACAAAUCUAUCACAUAUGCCCUAGUGCAACAUGUGAAAGAAGCAACUAAUUAUUACCCGAACUCCGAAUCAUCUUUACUAGAUCUCCUAUGGACCCAUUACGAGGACGACGUCACAAACCUCCAUUAUAUGUCACUUCUAGGUAAAAGUAACCAUUCAGUUCUAUUGUUUGAUUUCCAUAUAGUCGUCAAUAACGGGAAUGUGUCAGCCCAAGCCAGACCAAACGUCUGGAAAGCAAAUAUACAAGAUAUUAUACACUCAGCAUCCUCAGUAGGUCGGGAAAUAAAACCAAAAUUCACAAUUGAAACGGCUUGGGUUGUAUUUAGAAAUUUGUACAUAAGAGUCACUGCACCUCACAUUCCUUGGACUAUACCAAGGGGUCUGAGAAACCCCACCGUGGUUCAGUAAAAAGGUCCUCAUCCUUCUCCGUAAGAGAAGAGGAGUGUGGGGGAGAUUUAGAUGCUGAGUACUGACGAUGCAAAUCUCGAUAUGGAGAAGCUCGAAAUAUUUGUGUCUUGACCCUCCGCGUGUCUAGAAGGUUGUACGUAGAAAAACUUGUUAAGGAAUCUAUUGAAUACUCUAAACGCUUGUACUCGUACGUUAACCAAAGGACUAAGGAAAAAAAUAUUCCAGCAUUAUGGAGAAAACGUAGUACUGCAUCAUUAGUGGAGGACGAUUGUGUUAAAGCCUAGGUAUUCCGAAAUUACUUUAACAAUGUAUAUACCGUAUUAAUACCCUCCCCUCCAGCUCGUGCACCCCCACACACACACCAGACACUGACCAAAAAACUCGAUGUCUUUAGUCUGUCAAACGAACUUGAUAUAGACAAAUCCACGGGACCUGACGAAAUACAUCCUAGGUUACUGAGGGAACUAGGGAAUGUCGUCGCAAACCCCUCAAGUAUAUGUUUUAAUCUGUCUGUAUCCCAGAGUCGAUUAUCAAAAGACUAAAAGAACUCCAUAGUAUGUCCUGUCCCUAAAACAGGUACGAAAUAUAAACCUGUGAACUGUCGACACAUUAGCCUAACUAGCGUAGUUUUUAGAAUUUUAGAAAAAGUUAUUUGGAAGGAUUUAUUUAAGUAUCUAGACAAAAACCGGAUUCUUUCAUGUCUAACUUAGUAGCUCGUGGAAGUUGGUAUACUCUUAAGGAUGAAAAGUUACCCAUAGAUUUAGCCCACAUUGACUUCACCAAGGCUUUUGACAAAGUUCCUCAAAACUGGCUGUCGUAUAAAUUAAGUAAUAUCGGGGUUGGGGGCGAUUUAUUGGUGUGGAUAAAAUACUUCUUAGUUGGGCGCCAACAAAGAGCAUGUGUGGACUCGAAGUUGUCUCGCUGGGGAACUGUGCCUAGCGGAGUGCCUCGGGAUACAGUUUUGAGGUCAAUGUUGUUCCUCUUGUAUGUAAAUGAUCUUUCUAGUCUCCUAUCAUCGAUCUUGUUAUAUGCUGACGAUGUCAAGAUAUGGAAAGCGACAAAAUGUAAGGGUGACAGUAUAGAGCUUCAAAAAGACCUGGAGAAAUUAUUUGAAUGGUCUAAAAUUUGGUGGUUGCCGAUAAAUGCUUCCAAGUGCAUUGUGAUCCAUAUUGGUCACUAAGGUAAAAAUACAUGCACGAUCAACAACAUUGAACUACUUGUUGUCCAGACACAAUGAUUUAGGAGUCAUCGUUAGCCAAGACUUGAAGUCUACUGCAUAAUGCCGUGUGAUAGCCGCCAAAGGUAUUAAAACCCCAUGGUCAAUAAGUAGGACCUUUAGCCAUUUUGAUGCUAAGGCCUUUUUAACUUUGUAUAUAAUGUUUGUUCGUCUUAAACUCGAGCACUACAUACAAGCGAUUAGCCUCUUCCCAAAAAGACUGAGCUGUUGGUAAAGGUUCAGAAAACCACAACGAAGUUGAUUCCCGGAGUAGCAAAGCUCCCAUGUGAUUUUCGACUGGCUAAAAUAUAGAAAAAUCAGAGGUGACUUUAUCACAGCUAUAUACUACUUAAUGGUAAAUUUGCAUCUGAUAUGCCCUCAAUUUUCUUGUCUUCAAAAACAGAGGAUUUACGAAGACACUAAAAAGUUCACAAGCUCAGGACAAAUUGCUUGUCAGCUGACUACCGACUCUCCCACCGAAUUAUCAACGAAUGAAAUUUAUCACAUCAACACGUGAUUAAAUCUCCAUCUGUUGACGCUUUCAAAAGAAAGUCGGAUCAACUGAGAAACCAUUGCCAGGACUAACACGGAUUACCUAGUCCCCUGUUCUCUCCUAUCUGAAAGUGCAUUGUGUUCGCUUGCUGUGUCAUCAACUCACCUUUUAUCUGUUCUUUUUUCCAGCCGUCCUCGCUCACGCUGCUCAGAAUGGUUCCCUGGGUAGACGCGAAUCCCGCAUUAAAAAUGUUUUUCUCUAUAUCUGUUAUGUUUGACUAAUAUAUCGUAAAUACACGUCCUUCCUAACAUUUAACUGACCAAAGGGUAUCUACCGGUCAGCUACAAUACCUACAACUGAGCUGUACAUUCCAAUUCAUCGAAGAUAUCACGCAAGUGGAAGUGUUAUUAGUGGAUGUGUUAAUCCUCAUUUUAAUCUGCUUUCUUCUGAAUUGUUUGCUUACGAUCAUGUAUAUGUAGUCGUUCAUUUGAGUUUUAGUUGUUUUCUGAAAACAUCAAUCUCCACUGUCCAAAAUUUUGAAAUAUCACAUUGCAUCCAUAUUGUUAGCAUGUCAAAUAGUGAUUAUUCUGAUCCCGAUGACAUUCAAAAGUUGGAAAUUGAAUUUUUAUUAUCCAUUUUCGAAAAUAAUCAAAAUCAUUGUCUACUAGAAUAUGAUAAACUAUCACGACGUGGAUCUUUCACAUUUCAUCCACAAUUCUAUAAACCUAUUGAAUUAUAUGGACCAUCAAUAAAUAUAAAGCUAAGAAACAGCAUUUCAGUUGAACCUUUACCUAAUACAAUAGAUAAAUAUUGUUAUCUUUUACAAUAUUUACCUGUAUUCAUUAUGACAUUUAUAUUGCCAUCUGAAUAUCCUGGACAUAUUCCUAAUGUAUCUAUCCCUAAAUUCUCUUUAUCAUCUAUAUGGAUGCCAUUAUCUCUUCUUACUGAAUUAGAAAUUAAAUUAGCUGAGAUAGCUAAUAAUAAUCUAGGUGAAAUGACACUUUUAUCAUGUAUUGAAUAUCUUCAAAAUGAAUAUUUCUAUUAUAUGAUUGAAAAGUUUCAUGGAAGUAACCUUCCGUCCGUCUCUUUUGAUCUUUUCAAAUUCUAUGAAUAUUAUAAGUUAGAAUUGACUUUAUCCAUUCAAGAUAUCUGUCAUUUAUUCCUUUCUAAUAAUGAUGAUCGAUUUGAUGUGGAAUUCGAUGAAUCAUUAAUGGAAUGUGCUGUAUGCUUUGAAACAAAAAAAGGAAAACUGUUCAUUCGAUUUGCAAAAUGUAAAUGUUUUAUUUGUCGGGAUUGUACAAUAGAAAGUUUUAAACUUUCAGUGAAUGAAUCAUUGUUUAAUGGACCUUUGACAUGUUUGCAAUGUGGUGAAGAAGUUAACUAUACAGAGAUUCGUUAUAUUUUACCUGAAGAUAUAUUCAACAAAUAUGAAUCUUUAGUAUUAAAACGAGGCUUGGAUAUUAUGCCAGAUAUAGUCUAUUGUCCUAGACCACAAUGUGAAUUCCCAGUGAUUUUGGAUUCAGAAAAUCUUGGCCGUUGCCCUAAAUGUGAAUUGAGCUUUUGUCCAAUGUGUUUAAAAACAUAUCAUGGUGUAAAUCCGUGCAAAAUUAAAUUACAAACAUUCGGUACUAUAUCACAAGAAGAUAAUGAACUGAUUCUACAACGCCUAAAAGAAGAAGAAGAGUCAGAGAAAUUAAUUUCAGAAAAGUAUAAACUUUGUCCAGGUUGUUGGACACCAUGUGAAAAAAUUACUGGUUGUAAUAAAAUGACAUGUUCAUAUUGUCAUUUAUUUUUUUGUUGGUUAUGUUUAAAUGCUAUACAUGAUCGUCAUAAUCCAUAUUCACAUUUUUCUAAUGGUACAUGUCAAGGUCAAUUAUGGACCGAUAAUACAAUUGAAUUUAGAGAAUAAUUUAGUUUCUUAUUAUGAUUCUAUAAGAGUACUGUAUCCAAAAGAAAUAUGUCCAGCCAUCCCUUUUACUACCCUGACCAACUUCAGGGUUAACUUGUUAAUCAUCCAUUUUAUAAUAUGGUGGUGACAUGAAUUUGAAUUGAUGUUCAUUCUUAUAUCUUACAUUUAUCUUAUCCAUACAUCUUACCUUUAUUAUUAUUAUUAUUAUUAUU